AUGGAAGGUGAAAACAAUUUAAGUCCCUUGGUCGUUGAGAAGUCACAAGUGGUUCUAGUGAAACCCUCAAAGCCAACACCUGAUGUCUCUCUGUCUCUAUCCACCCUGGACAAUGAUCCUAUGAUGGAAAGUAUCGUCCAAACCAUAUGCGUAUUUGCCCCUAAACCCUACGUUGAAGAUCAGCCCAACCACGAUCUGGCUUAUCUUCUGCAGUAUGCCCUCUCUCAUGCUCUUGUCUAUUACUACCCUUUUGCCGGAAAACUUCACCGGAAACCCGACGACAAUAGACUUCAGCUUAGUUGCAAACCCGGAGAUGGAGUCCCCUUUAUAAGGGCAACUGCUGCAUGUACCCUCUCUUCUCUCGAUCACGUGGAUAGUGCUGGUGACGAAGCUUACCAACUUGUGCCAUGUUACGAACCUGUGAAAGGUUGUGAAGGAUAUGACCCUCUGGCUCUACAAGUCACCAAGUUUGCGUGUGGAGGAAUCACUAUUGGAAUGGCUCACUCCCAUUCCGUUGCUGACGGUGUUGGAGCGGCUCAGUUUUUCCGAGCGAUGAUCGAGCUUGCCUCUGGAAAGACUCAACCCAGCGUCAUUCCCGUAUGGAAUAGGGAAAGGCUCACCUUUAAUGGAGACGACGUCGAUAUUCCCAAAGCUGGCUCUUUCCCUGCCACUCCCUCGAAUACAUUGACUGGCGACAUGGCUCGUGAGAUCGUGAACAUUACGCCCGAAGAUAUCAUGAAACUCAAGAAAAAAAUAGCAAAUGAGAAUGAUCACCAUGAGGAGAAGGUUGCGGUCACAACCUUCGAGAUUAUUGCGGCCCAAGUCUGGAGUGCACGAUGCAGAGCCCUGGAUAUGAGCCCAGACGAGGCGGUUGUUUUGGUUAUGGCCAUUGGCAUCCGCAGCCUAGUAGAGCCCCCAUUACCAGAAGGCUACUACGGCAAUGCCUUCGUCAGCGGCUCUGUCGCAAUGACAGCAAACGAGCUGAGCAGAUCUUCCUUGUCUCGCGUCGUGAGGCUCAUAAAAGACGCGAAGAGAGCGGCGCUGGACAAGCGGUACGUCUUGGGGAAGCUUUGCGAGAUUGAGACAAGGGUGAAAGAGAUGUCUACUGUAGACGUCAACAACAGAGGGGUUUUGACCGUGACGGAUUGGCGGCAAAUCGGUCUACAGUACAAAGGGUGGGGAGGAUUAGUGAACAUUAUACCUUUGGUUCCGAUGACAGCGAAUCUAUGUGUUUUAUUGCCGGCGUCAAAGGCGGACCCGGGGAUGACCGGUGGCGUUAGGGUGCUGGUAACGCUUCCUAGGGAUGCGAUGGACAAGUUCAAGGAAGAGAUGAAGCUUUUCUAA